AUGAUAGUGAUGGUGAUGGCAAAUAAAAAUUUUAAUGCUACCAUAAAGUUAAUGGUUUUGCUAGAUACUGAAGGCGGUGGUGGAGAUGGACAACAAGGGACAAGCGGUUAUUUGCAGUAUAUACCGAAUUUGAUACGUUUGGAGAUGUCUGAGGCUGCAGUGGAUACCAUUGAACAGGAUGCUUUCCAGCAGACACCGCAAAUUCAAGCAAUUGUCUUGAAUAAAAAUAGAAUUUCAGUAGUUCGGGCAUACUUUUUCCGUGGUCUCAAUCAGCUUUAUUCUGUUGACUUGGGUGGCAACAGAAUUGAACAGGUUGAACCGUUGGCAUUUGCUAAUCUUCCAGCUUUAAGACAUUUGGAUAUCAGUUUCAAUCAACUUCAAACGUUACCCGAUAAUACGUUUUUGAACUCAUUCCAACCGGUGCCUAAUGAUCGUCGUGUUAUGUAUGUUUGCGGUAAUCCAUGGCUGUGUGAUACAAUGCUGGAAUGGUUCCGAGCCUAUCUGAGAGAAAAUGUGGAUAUUGACAUUGAAAAACCAGGUUGCCUGGCUGUUUGUGUUCGAUCUAUAAAUAAUUGCCCACCAGAAGGAACACCAUUAAGAGCAAUAGAUUUCUGUGUUAACGAUCAACCACCAUUAGCACUUACCGGCAGUGCACUAUCAAUGGUUGGCAGGAUUAUUCUCGCAAUUAUUAUGGCGAUACUUUGCAUAAGCAUUUGUUUGAUGGCAACGGUCAAAUGGGCGAUGUCUCGACGAAGAAAGAAGCAAAAGGAACUGGAAGCAUUUGAAGAUGAACAACGAAUUAUGUCUUCUGCAGCUUCCGCUUAUCAAGCAGGCGCUCCAUCGGUGAUUACUCGAUCUUACGCACCUUCAGCAAUCGAUCUCGACCUACCACAAGCGCAUACACUAGACGAUCGACCUAACAAUUAUCUUUACUAA